CAGGACAGUAUUUCAGCUUUAUUUUACACUGCAGGAACUCAAAUUAUCACAAAAUCCUUCAUAUUCUGGCUGAAGAUGCUGGCCGAAAGCUUCAUCCACAUGUUGAACUACAGAGAGGAGAACAUACGCCCACCGGUGUCCAAGCCAUUCACAACCACUCCUGAUGGACGACAUGGGUCCUUACCCUCACAGGUGGAAGGUGUACCAGAAUCCAUCAAACCCAUGGCUUCAGUUCUACCAGAGUCAAGGGUUUCUCGCUCCAUGACAUUUCCUAACCACAUGCCAUAUAUAAGCCUGAAUAGGACUGAGAAGCCAGUCUCAGAUGUUUCCUCCUCAAAACUGGACCUGAGGAGCAUCACAGAUAACCAGCCCACUCCAGAACCUCACACAUCAGACCUGGAUCACUCUGGUCCUCAGUAUCUCCGGGUGUUCUCAGCACAUCGGCCCCAGCAGGUCCAUUUCCCAGACGACGGCUACCUGGUCAUGGACAGCAGCAUCACACUCAAUGGAGAACCAGCAACCAACUCGAUGCUUAACUUCUACCUGGACCAGAAGCUGCAGGAGGUUUACAGUCAGUACCUGCAGGAGAGGCUGGCGUGUCCCGAGUCUUCUCUCGGUCCAAGUCUGCUACCUCAGUUCCACCAAGCCAGCCUGAAUUCGAUCAGCCGACUGCGGAGCACAGAUUCAAGUCUGGAACCGGAGACCAGACGAAGUCAGAGGAGCAUCAGUCAACGUUUCAGCUCACACUUCAGUUCCCCGGUGCUGCGAAUUUCUAAUCCAGAGCUGAAUAUAAAGCCGCAGAACAAUGACUGACUGUGAGAGGUUCCAUUACAUACUGAAACACCACAAUGCACAACAACAAGUAACUUGUUGUGGAACUACAUUUCU